UUUUCUGCAGUUAUUGCAUUUUAGUACCGUGUGAAAGGCCAUGGGAUGUAAGAGUUCGUUUAAAAUUCUAUCUAGCUAUGUGCUUUGCAUGUCGAUAUGUUUAGAUACUUUAAAUAAUGCUUCUUUUGCAUUAGUUUUGACGUCGUCAUAACUUCAAAUCAAAAUGCCAGACAGGAAUUCGUCUGCUCUCCGCCAAGAUGAUGGUCCAGCUCAAAGUGAUUCCGGCGACAAAUCCACACGGGAAAAAGUUCUAGAGAGCCUUCGUGCCGAUUUGUUAGCGGUGGAUUUAAUCUGGAGUUUGUUAGUAGCCGCUUUGAAUAGCUACCGCCAUGACACCGUACUGAGGCCUUUUCCACCAAUGUUUCAAGAGGGAGGACCCAGUGGAAACAAGAACAUGAAAGGCCUGGAAAAGCUAGCCUGUCAGCUUCCCAGGGUGCCAGAAGUUGUGAAGAGCAUUUCUACAAUGGAGGAGAAGCUGAUAGAGCUGUUGUGGUGGUCACUGGACAAAAAGCAGUUCACUGUCAAAUCCCUGGAUAAAUCACAUAUUAGCAGAAUUCAGAAACUCACAGGUCACAGUGUUGAAGUUCCUACUCCAAAUUACAUUUUUGAGAUCAACUACAGCGAAACAGCCGAGAAAAAGUUUGAAGACUUUCGACAAGGUAGACAACUCUUGUAUGCCUAUCAUGGAAGUCGUGUGGAGAAUUUUCAUUCCAUCUUGCAUCAUGGCCUAGCAUCUCAUAUGAACAAGACUUCAUUGUAUGGAGAAGGGACAUACCUAUCCUCUGAGUUGUCUGUGUCUCUCCACUACAGCCCUGGGGGGCAGGGAUGGGACCAUAGUCUGCUGGGAGACAGGCUUAGCUGUGUGGCUGUGUGUCAGAUGAUAGAUGAUACAUCUGUCAAGUGUCAACUCAAGGAAGUUAAUGCUGGGGGAAGUCGCUCCACAAGUCGUACCAGGGCUCCAGCAAGCAUGGGAGGAGAGGUCCCUGAGAAGUACUAUGUGGUGACCAAUAAUGAUAUGCUGAGAGUCAAAUACUUGCUCGUGUAUGGGGAAAAGUCAUCAACAAGAAGAUCUCAGCAGCAGACCUCCUGGUUUUCUAGGCACAAGUUCAUGCUGCUGCUCCUGUUGUAUGUUGCUAUUUUGGCUGCCAUAGGUCUGGCCAAUUCCAGAUCAUUCCAGUACCAGCUGAAGAGAAUAUUGCGGAUUAGGUAAAAAUGUCCAAAUAUAUGAAUAGCAAUCAAUACAUCAAACUGAUGAGUUUAAUUAGUAUGGCAGUGAAUAUACAUGUACGUCACUUUCUUCUGUCUCUCUUAAAAACUUCCACAGUUACCUCCAUAACAAUUUUUCUAAUUCAUAUUUUCUGAAGUUUGCUCAAUUGUACAUUCAAAAGGUUCUGAAUAUCUGAAGGUUUUCUAAGCGUCAAUGUUGAUAAUACGCCAAGAGGCUUAUCUGGAGGUUAAACUGUAUAUGCAUUAUGUACAUCAUGGAGCUGCAAACAGAGUUCUAUAUAAAGAGUAGAGAACCACACAAGCACAGAAGUAGAUUUUCAUGGCCUGUGUUACAUAUAAUAAAAUAAACACCCCACAUGUACAUAUAUGUUGUUGUGGGUAUGAUGCUACAUGUAGUAAAUUUAUACGUUCACAUGUUUACAAAUAACUUUGCAAUGGUUUCAGUGUGAAUUCUGGACAACAGGAAUUUUCUUGUACAACAUAGAGUCAGUUUGGGGUGAAAUUGAUUUAUUUUUGUGAUAAAUCACAUUUGUAUCCAUUGAAAUAAUUAAUUCAAAAGUUUCAUGUCAUUUUUAGUGCACUGUGGAUCAUAGUAAUGAUCCAGCACACCAUAGAAUGAUGUAACACCCAAAAGAGAAAUAACUGUAUGAUGGUAUUGAAAGAGGAAUUAUGAAGUGUUGUAGUAGUGUUGUACAGUAUAUUUAGAGUCUAUAAUUCUAGUGGUAUAUUUUUUGUUGUGUUUUAUUUCACUGGAAUUAUUUUGUGAACAACUGAAAACCAUUUAACCAUAUGAAUUGAAUGUUUAAGAAAAAUGAUUUAAAGCAGACCACUUCUGAAUUUGAACCAGAGAGUUGAGUCUGAAAUCUCAAUCGAGUCUCUGCUAAAUAUAAAAGGGAAAUCUGAUACAAGUGUAAUAAGCCUCAAAAAUGGUACUGUACAACC